GAAAAGGGAGCAGAGAAAACGACGAGACGGUUCGCAGCUAACCCAAGCUCUCUAGCCGGUGACAGAGACCGGAUACCGCAAGCAUCAGAACUCGAGACAUGCCCACCAUCGCUUCUCCCCUGCCUCUCGCCACCACCGGUCCUGAGAACGGCAGCUCCAUCUACGACUAUGACUACUUGGAUGACGUGACCGUCUUGGUUUGCAGCAAGGAUGAGGUCCUGUCCUUUGGCAGAGUCUUUCUGCCGCUGGUCUACAGCCUGAUCUUCGUGCUGGGCCUGGCUGGCAACCUCCUUCUCCUGGUGGUAUUGCUCCACUCUGUGCCCCGACGACGACGGAUGAUUGAGCUGUACCUGCUGAACCUGGCCGUCUCCAACCUCUUGUUUGUAGUGACGAUGCCCUUCUGGGCCAUCUCUGUGGCCUGGCAUUGGGUUUUCGGCAGUUUCCUGUGCAAGGUGGUGAGCACUCUCUACUCUAUUAACUUUUACUGUGGCAUCUUCUUCAUCACCUGCAUGAGCCUGGACAAAUACCUGGAGAUUGUCCACGCUCAGCCCCUCCACAGACCCAAGACCCGGUUCAGGAACCUGCUUCUCAUUGUCAUGGUGUGGAUCACGGCCCUGGCCGUCUCUGUCCCAGAAAUGGUCUUUGUGAAGGUCCACCAGACCUUAGAUGGUGUGUGGCACUGCUAUGCCGAUUUUGGCGGACAUGCAACCAUUUGGAAGCUGUACCUGCGAUUCCAGCUGAACCUCCUGGGGUUUCUCUUCCCACUGUUGGCCAUGAUUUUCUUUUACUCCCGCAUCGGUUGUGUUCUGGUCAGGCUGAGGCCACCGGGACAGGGCCGGGCUCUGAGGAUGGCUGUGGCCCUGGUGGUAAUCUUCUUCCUGCUGUGGUUCCCGUACAACCUCACCUUGUUCCUGCACUCGCUGCUGGAUCUGCAUGUCUUUGGGAACUGUGAGGUCAGCCACCGUCUGGACUAUAUGUUGCAGGUGACAGAGAGCCUGGCCUUCUCCCAUUGUUGCUUCACCCCAGUCCUCUAUGCCUUCUCCAGUCACAGCUUCCGCCAGUACCUUAAAGCGGUUCUGUCCGUGGUGCUGAGACGGCACCAGGCACCUGGCACCGCCCAUGCCCCUCCAUGUAGCCAUUCUGAGAGCAGCAGGGUUACUGCCCAGGAAGAUGUGGUCAGCAUGAACGACCUUGGGGAGAGGCAGGCUGACAACUCCCUUAACAAGGGGGAGAUAGGAAAUAAUUAAUCCCUGGGUCUGGGAACGGUGGUUCUCUCUGAGGGACAGCAUGGCCGUGCUUGCUGCUUGCCCCAGUGGUUUCCAACCACCAGCAGUCUUUGUUCACUACUGCCUCUCCCUCCUUCCACUUCCCGACCCCAUACUCACUGAUGAACCACUGCAGCUCUUCACUGAUCUCCGCUUCCGUCCCGGCGCUUCUGUGGCUUUUCCUGCCCCCCCCCCCGGCAGCCAAUGAGGACACUCCAUUCUUGGCCAUAAAGGCCAUAAAGGUAUAAAACCUUCAA